AUGACCGUGCAGGCCUUCGAGCCUACGGCAGUGGGCCCUCUUCCCCCCGUCGCCAUGUCGCGUCCGCAAGUUGGCAUUGAGCGGCUGCCAACCCGCCGGUUGAGCAAUGAACCACGCGAGUCAAUGAACUGUAAAUCCUGCCGGAAGCGCAAGAUCAAGUGCAACCGCCUCCGUCCGGCAUGCGAGGCGUGUCAGGUUUUCCAAUGCCCAUGCAUUUACGACGCCGUUCCGAAAAAGAGGGGCCCGAAGACGGAUGUAUUGGAGGCGCUCCUGAAGAGAGUAGACGGGUUGGAACAGCGGCUGAGGGUCCAGAAAAAGGCAGAGCCAGGCACGCCAACUUCUGAGAAUGGUCAUGAUCCUACCAACGAAGAAUGGCCAGCAAAUGGUUCCGCGACCAACGUCACGGCAGGGGAUGGAAAAGAACAGAGCCCAGGUGUUGACACGGCCCGUGCCGACCAGGAUCACGGAGAGGCCGCUAUCUCCUCUCCCACUACCAUGAGCAACCCGUCCCCCGGUGUUCAGACGGAGGCGCUCCUUGACACUUACUUCGCCCGCUUUCACGCAAAACCGUUCCAUAUUCUCGACGAGUCUUCGCUCCGGCAAAGGUUGCAGCUUAACCAGGUCCCAAACUACCUGGUUCACGCCAUCUAUGCUGUCACUGCGAGGUACACACCUCACCCCAGUGGAUAUGAAGCUGGUGUGAAGCUGAGCGAGGGCUACGCCGCGCAAGCGAGAAAUGAAAUUGACACCGAUGAGCCCUCGGUGGACGCGCUCCAGGCAUUGUUGCUUCUCGUUACCGCAUUCACAGCUGCGGGGAAGGGCAAGAAGGCCUACAUGCUCCUGACAAGUGCGGUUGGCAUGACCGUGGCGUUGGAACUGCAUCGGGAGAUGGAUGCCCAAGCCCGGGUGAUGCCCGUCGAGCGAGAGAUGCGACGCAGAUUGUUCUGGACCUGCUAUCUCCUUGAUCGGUUCAUGGCCUGUGGCUCGAAGCGCCCCUCCCUCAUAGGCGACAAGACAAUCUUGCUGAGGCUGCCAUGCUGGUCGCCAAACCCCGGAGGUCCACCGAUAGAGGGCGAGUUCUUCCAAAGCGGAUCUAAUCUGCAGUGUCUCCAGGGCAGCGGAAAGAAGUCUCAGGGGAGCAACGCGAUGCUGGUUGACAUCAGCCGCAUUCUAGGCACUACCAACAGAUAUCUCGCGGCAGGGGGUGUGAAGGGCGAUUCGCAUUUCCCCUGGCAUUCUCUGUCCAACCUCUCCAAGAUCCGCCAAGAGCUCGACGUUUGGGCGUCCGGCAUGGAGGAUGUCUUCUCCAGUCUUGACACCUUGUUUGGGCAGGCCGACUCGACGAUCCUCGUCCUUGGCAAGCUAAUCUACCACCUGAUCCACUGUCUCAUCUAUCGGCCAUUCCUUCCCAUCGAUCUUGCCGAGCUUGCCGGCCCCGGACAGCACCAGUCAUGGCAAAUCGAGGCGACAAAUAUGUGCUUCUUGCAUGCCAAUGCGAUCGCAGAGCUCGUGGAACUCGGAAGACAGGCCGCAACAAUAGAAUGGCCAGCCUUUGUGGGCUAUUGUAUCUGCACUGCAGGCACAGUUCACAUCCAUGGCGCACAUUACAGCAAGAACGCCAGCGGGGGUGAGAUGAAUGUCUUCAGCUCCUCAGCCGAGUUUCUCUCGCGGGCAAUGCAGCAACUGAGCGAACUGCGAUAUGCUUGGGCCAGCGUCCAACACCAGCGCGAGACUCUACAAGGCAUCUACAACGCACAUUCCGAGCUCGUCAAGAGCCUGGAGAACAACCCGAUGCGCUACUCGCCCGUGUUCCAUCUCGAGGAUUUCUUCGACAGGUACUCCAACAUUGGGGGCCCAGGCGGCCAAACGUUCAGUUUCGAUGCCGCGAACCUCAGCCUUUCGGAUGUUAUUGUCGACUUCAUCCCUGAUGCCUACGCGGGUAAUGACUUUUACGCCCCUCGUGCAGAUGAGACAACCGCUGAGCCAGAACGACCGAACCUGAAACGGAAGAAUACUGGCCCCUCAGGUCGAAAGCGUCCCGACCUGAAGAGCCUCCCCCCCCCAACUAGUAGUCUCAACCCACCACCAACCUCUGGCUUGCCGACGGCAUCUCACCCUAACCACAGCGACCUCUCGACUACGUCCCUUCUCCUACAACCUUCCCCGGGGAUGCUGCACACACCUACCUCCCUUCCUCCGCAGCACGAGCUGCAUGCACAUCACCAGCACAUGAAUGGCCUUCAGGGGUCUAUGAACGAGACCGCCGCCAACGACGCCGCCGUUGCUGCAGCCGCAGCGGCAGGGUUCGCCAUCCCCCCUCCGCCCCAUCGAGCACCCACCGGCCAUCCCAUGCCCGAUCUUUCGAACACGCCAUUCAGUCCCCAGUACGGCUACGCCCAGCUCCACUCGUCCCUCCUCGGAUCCCACGGCCACAGUAUGCAGGCCCAGUCGCCCUACGACCCGAUGUUCGGAGGGAUGCCCACCAACCCGUUCUCGAGCCCGGCCCCGUGGCAUGCCGACGAGGGCGGCAACAGCAACAGACCGCCCGUGGUCUCUAGCCCUGGCGACAGGAGCCACAACGGCAGCACCGGGACUGGAUCGGUGGAGGAGAAAGACCCGUUCCUCAGCCUCCUCGAACAACUGGCCGAGAACGAGUCCGUCAGGGGCCAGGGCAACGAGUUGGAUUUCUUCCUGGCUGGUGGCUCCAACGCAGGCUGA